AUGCUGUAUUGUCUACUAUAUUCGUUCAUUGGAGUCAGCAAUGAUUUAAAUCAGUUUCAGGCAGAAAAAUACAGUGAAGUUAAAAGAAUUUGUGAAUAUUUGCUCACAACCAAAGGUGUGAAUCCCAAUAAUGGAGUUUUUGAAAGUAUUCAGUCAAAUCCGGACCAAAGCUCUAUGUAUUUAUCAAAUCCUCAAAAAUGUGAAGAGUUUAAAUUGUUCCAUGGUCAUGUCAUUCAAUCCUCAAUUGAAGAAAAACUAUUUCCUUUAGCAUUCAGUUUAUCUGUUCAUCAAAACAUUAAACAAGUAUCACGUCUACUUCGACUGAUAUACAGACCACAUAAUUUGUAUUGUAUUCAUGUAGAUUCUAAAUCCCCAAUUGAAUUUUAUGAUCAAGUGUUAGAGUUGGCCCGAUGUUUUGGUUUAAAUGUUAUGGUGUUGAACCGGACAGAAAGUAUAAAUAUUCAGUGGGGAUAUUAUUCCUUACUUGAAGCGUUUCUUGUAUGUGCGGACAAAUUAAUGAAAAACACAGACUAUAUGUGGAAAUAUCUAUUGAAUUUGAGUGGACAAGAAUUACCCUUGAGGACAAACUGGGAGUUGGUUGCAGCAUUGAAAGCAAUAAACGGAUCAAAUGUCGUUGAAGGCUUAGGUCCAAAUUUCAACCCUUCACGUUGGCCUAAAAAGAAUUUCUCAUUUCCUAUUAUUUGGACCAAGGGAAGUUUUUACAUGGCAUUAAAGCGUGAGUUUGUUCACUUCUAUCAAACUGAUCAAAAAGCAAACGAAAUUCUCAAUGCGAUGAAAGAAGAAAGACACUUAGUAAAACAUCCAGAUGAACUAUUUUUCCCUACACUAACUCACAAUCCACUACUUGGUGCCCCUGGUGCUUGUAAUGAAAUUCAUGUUACUAAUCAUUCAGAUCCACGGAAAAUUUUCAUAGCUCGUUAUGUAACAUGGUAUCAUGAAGGUUGCAAAAGUCCAAGGGUGCGCCGUAUUGUUUGCAUUAUAGGCAUAAACAACCUUCCGUACAUAACGUCACGAGUUGAAUUCUUCGCCAAUAAGUUUCAUGAUGAUUUUGAACCGAUUGCAUAUGACUGCACAGAGUAUUAUAUCAUGAAGAAAGUUUUAAACGAGAUGACAAGUAAACAAUUAGAUCCAAGUUUCAAUCUCACACAUUACUCUAUAUUGCAUUGUUCACAAAAUCAUAUCUAA